CUCGCGAUAUUUCCUCUGUAGUCGCGGAACAGUAUGGCAGCCGUAUCGCUGAGGUCCUGCCGCAGAGGACUUUCACACAUAUUAAGUAAUGGAGGGCUCGCAGCUUUGUCUUCAAAGCCACUGGGAGGAGACAGGAGACACAAAUCUACAAUUCAAUAUGCAUCACGACCAGACCUUCCAAAGUUGGCCUAUAGAAGAGUGAAGGGAAAAGGCCCAGGUGUGGUGUUCCUGCCAGGGUAUGGCUCCAACAUGAGUGGGCAGAAAGCUGAGGCACUGGAAGAGUUCUGUAGAUCAUUAGGGCACUCAUACCUCAGGUUUGAUUACACAGGCCAUGGGGCCUCAGAAGGGGUGUUAGCAGAAGGAACUAUUGGUACCUGGAAAAAAGAUGUCCUUUUUGUGUUGGAUGAAUUAGCAGAAGGGCCACAGAUACUAGUAGGUUCCAGUAUAGGCGGAUGGCUCAUGCUUCUAGCAGCCAUUGCAAGACCAGAGAAGACUGCUGCAUUAGUGGGCAUCUCUACUGCUGCUGAUCAUCUUGUCACAUCAUUCAACUCUCUUCCUCUGGAGAGUCGUAAGGAGUUUGAAGCCAAAGGGGAGUGGACAGUGCCCAGCAAACAUGCAGACGACGGUAUCUACAAAUUUAGCAUGGACUUUCUGCGUGAGGCAGAAAAUCACUGUGUACUUCAGAGUCCCAUCCCCAUCACCUGUCCUGUACGGCUCAUCCAUGGCCUCAAAGAUGAGGACGUUCCCUGGCACAUCUCCAUGCAGGUGGCAGAACGCGUCCUCAGCCCUGAUGUAGAUGUCAUCCUUAGGCGACACGGCCAGCACCGCAUGUCUGAGAAGGACGACAUCAAGCUUAUGGUCUACACUAUUGACGAUCUCAUAGACAAGCUGACCACUAUGGUCUGAGUUAAGGGAUAGAGAUGUUCCUGAGAGAAGAUUGACUAUAAUCUGGGAAGUCAGCCCUCAAGGAAAUUACCAAACAACGGCAUGUUACUCUGCCAAAUGUGACCUUUUAUCCAACCGUUUUUCCCUGUAUUUCAUCUGUCAUUGCUGUCAUGUCAACAUGCCGUUACAGUACAAACAAUAUUGAAAGGGGUCUAGCUUUUAGCUGCUCCCUACUAUUUUCAGGUUGCAUUUAUAUGUGCUUCAGGUUGUUUUUCAAGUGUUACGUUGGUCAGCCAUUAUUAGGUCUGCCAUUGCUGCUGUCUCUACCAUUGUUCUUACUGUUUGGCUGUUAUCCCUCUAUCUGUAAGUAGAUACACAGUUUUCCUGUGCCUUUCUAAUCACUUUUCACCUCUUUUGGCCAAUAAAACUUCUGCACAUUA